AUGCCGGCGAUGGACAUCGACCACACCAGCAGGAGCGCCACUAUGCUGGAUGUGGAGCAAACUCCACCAAUGCGAAUCGCAUCUCCAGCGCGCCAGCCAGUCCGUACUGAGCCUACCCAAGACGUCAUUCCUAUGCCUAAGCUCGACCACGAAGCGAUCCGCGAGAAGGCGAAGAAGCGAAAGAAGAACAAGAAAAAGGGCAUGGCGCCUGGCGCACCUGCUGCCAAAAUCGUGCGAGGGUUUAAUACGCCAGUGACAUCGGGCGGCGAGGAAUCUGACAUUUCUGCCGUCAGCACACCGAGAUUGGGGGCCAUGAAGAUGCGAGACAGCCCAGGCAGUCCGGCAUUGAGGCCUUCACCUUCGCAAGGCGGCCUCAGCGCACUGCGCUCCAGGCUUGAUGCAUUGGCGCUCGACGGCGACCAGCGCAAGCCAAGUUUAGCUCGCGUCAUGUCCAACGACUCGGCCGGCUACAAUGGUACGACCACGCCUUCUUCUCGAGGCAGCGACGGCGACAGGACUGAAAUGGAGACUUACGAUGUCCCUCUGGAUGAAGACUUCGUCAGCCAGGAUGCCGGCUCACGCACUCCUAUUUUCGCCUCCCAGGCUGUUGAGGGUGGACUUCACACGACCUCAAUCCACCGCAAGAUGUGCGCCAACGAUUUCGAGGGGCUGCGAUGUCUCGGAAAGGGCGCGUUUGGAGUUGUGAAUCUUGUGCGCCAGCACGCGACAGGUCGACUCUAUGCGCAGAAGCAGUUCAAGAAGGCGACUCUGACCGUGCACAAGCGACUUGUCGAGCAGACACGCACGGAACGCACUAUCCUGGAGUCUGUCAACCGACACCCAUUUGUGGUCAAGCUAUUCUACGCGUUCCAGGACCAGGAGAAGCUCUAUCUCAUCCUGGAGUAUGCGCAGGGUGGGGAGCUCUUCCAUCACCUGGCGAUGGAGCGCAUGUUCUCAGAAGAGGUCGCUUCCUUCUACAUGGCAGAAAUGGUCCUGGCUCUCGAGCAUCUGCACCACAAUGUGCGAGUCAUCUACCGCGACCUCAAGCCCGAAAACUGCUUGCUGGACGCCGAGGGACACCUCCUACUCACUGACUUCGGCCUGUCAAAGGUCGCCGUCGAAGACGAGACCGAGCGUGCGAACAGUGUUCUGGGCACGAUCGAGUACAUGGCGCCGGAAGUCAUCAAAGGCGAAGGCUAUGAUUUCGCGGUCGACUGGUGGAGUCUCGGAGCUAUCGGCUUUGACCUUCUCACUGGAAGCCCGCCAUUUGGGGGCAACAACCACGCCAAGAUUCAAUCGAACAUCCUCAAACAAAAGCUUCAGCUGCCCUACUUCCUCGGACCUGAUGCGAAGGAUCUACUUACCCGCCUCUUGCGCAAAGAGCCAAACAAACGUUUGGGUGGAGCCAACACGAAGGAUCUCAAGACUCUCAAGAGCCACCGCUUCUUCCGCAAGAUUGACUGGAAGAAACUGGAAAAGAGAGAGCUGGAGCCUCCCAUUACGCCGGUCAUUACGGAUCCUGAGCUCGCGGAGAACUUCGAUACCGAGUUCACGGACAUGCCGUUGAGUCCGGUGCUCACGCGCAGCAGCAAGGUGUUUGAUGAGCAGAUGCAGGAGUCGCAUGUCGUCGCAGAGGAGAACAAUCCUUUCGGAGGGUUCAGCUUCGUGGCCAGCAGCAGCUUGCUAGAGAGUGAUAAUUUCAUGUUGGCGGCUUGA